AAGGGAGAUAAUUCAUGUUGUACAUAGAGAUGUCGAAAGAAAAGGCUAAUCAGUUGAAGGAAGAAGGAAACAAAUGUGUAAAAGAAGGCAAUUAUGCUGAAGCUGUUCUUCAUUACACACAUGCUAUUGGACAAGAUGGACGAAACCAUGUUUUAUACAGCAAUAGAUCACUAUGCUUUCUCAAACUUCAUCAGUAUUAUUAUGCCAUGGAAGAUGCCAAAGAAAGUAUUAAGCUGAAAUCUGAUUGGCCAAAGGGUUUUUUCAGAAAAGGAGAAGUGGAAUUUGCUGUUGGAAACUACACAUUAGCUAUGAUGGCUUACAAGCAAGCUGAAUUAAUUGAUCCUACAGACCAAGGAAUCAAAGUUGCGAUGUUAAAAACAACAAAAGAAGUAAUUAGAGUAAGAAAAGAGGAAAGACGUCAGCCAUGGUUGUAUGGUGGAGGUGGCCUACUAAUAGGUUUUAUUAUUGUACUGGCAGACCAGUUCCUCACAGAUAAACCUUCAAUACAAAACAUAGUACUACAGAUUGUUUUAAUUAUAGUAUUUGGAGGAAUGGGACUCCUUGUUUUAAAAACAUACAGGUUUGUUAUAGAAAGUCAGCAGAGUUCUCUUUUGGAAGAGCCAGUAGAUUUAAUGAAAGCAAUGAAUGGGGAGGACGACUUACCAGAAGCAUCAAGUACAGAGACUAAAGAGGAGGAUAAAAAGCCUCACAGGAAAGGUGGAGUGGGGUCUGCAAGACAGAGAUAUAAAAUGGGAAAGAGCUGAUGAAUCCUGCAAUGAAAAGUUUGAAACAUCUGAAAUCCUUGAUAAACAGACUGUGAUAUCUUGUACUUUCUACAGUAAUGUGAAUUAGUCAUCAAUGAAGGAACAUUUGUAUAUUGUGGAUUCAUUAUUAUUUUCGUUGGAUACCAUGUUUCGUGGGUUUUGUGGACAGAGGUUAACCACGAUUCAAAUGUUUAAUGAAUUACAAAUUUCUAUAGGCAGAUAGGCUUUGUAUGCAGAGAUUUCCAAAACCACAAAAUCAAAUAUCCACGAAAAUUGAUACCCAUGAAAAUAAAUGAAUCCACGGUACAUGAUUUACAAGGGCAGAUAGUAAUAGUAUUCUUCUUUGCUUGAAUUUGGAUGAAUUUUUCAUACCAUGCCCAAGAAGAUAGAAAGACGUUUAUGUGACAUUGAUGCAUUAAAGUUUGUUAAGAUAACAUGUAAUCUGUUAUGAAAUUGGAUGGAAAGUAAUUUUAGGGAGUAUCUAUUGUAAUAAAGAUUUUGUACAGUAAAAAUUC